AUGGAAACUGUAUUCCCACCACAGUUUCAAACUGAUCAUCAGUUAUCUCCCACUUUGGGGACAUUGCAGUUCCCAGGCCUCUGGCUCCAAUCUCCAGCAAUGCUUCCUGUGGCUUCUGGCACUAGGGGCAGCAGCCAGGACCUGUUCCCAGCUAGCCUAGCUUCUCCAGGAAAUGAAAAGGCUAUCCUACUGAUACAUGAAGAAGAUGCUGAGGAGUGGGCCCUGUACCUGAGAGAGAUAUUUAUACAUGUUGUAGAAAGAGAAGCAAUCCUGUUAUAUCCCUUGUGGAGUUUCUCUUCUUCACAUCUGGAAUUGCUAGACUUAAAUGCCUACAGAUGUAAACUUCUGAUAUUAUCUAAUAGCCUACUUAAAGACUUGAUGCCAAGGAAGUGUCAGUUUCUGGAGAAGGUACUUCACUCACCAGAAAGUGUAGUGACUCUGCUUUGUGGGAUGGAGAGCUCAGCACCAUUCUAUCAGUUACUAAAUGUCCCCGGAAGCAGAUGGGAGAUCUCAACAGAGCAGGAGCCUGAGGACUACAUCUCUGUCAUCAGAGAGAUCUUAGACAGAGGUCCUGAAGACUACCUUGAAGUCAGCAUUCAAACAGACUUAAGAGCAAACUAUUCUGAGAAAACAAGUGGACAGAAGCAAACUGAUGACUUGGAAACUUCAAGACCAUCUGUACCUCAGGCUCUAGUGCUUCCAGGGGAAAUUCCAUGUGAGAAUCCUGGAGAGAUAUUCAUUCUGUUGAAAGAUGACCUAAUUGGUGAAAUUCUGGAAGUUGAAUUUAUAUCACACAGCAAGUGCCUCCGAACACGGCCAGCACAGUGGAAUAAGGGCGUCUGGCAAAUGAAAGCUGCAGAUUUUCCAGCAGGUUCAGUCACUGUCAAUAUCCACUGUGAUGGAAUCAUCAAGGCCACAACAGAGAUUAAAUACUGCUCAGCAGCAAAAGCAACACAAAGUUCGCUUAGAAUGUCAGACCCAGGCGAGAGUGUGUGCCAGAAAAGCAUUGAAGAGCUUGAUAGUGUUCUUGCAUCUAUAUUCAAGCAUGAGCUACCAUAUUAUGAAUUCAGACCUCUCCAAAAUGAAACCUCCUCUCAAAAUGAAUAUACUCACACCAAAGAGCUCCCAACACUCCUCCACUGUGCCGCCAAGUUUGGCCUUAAGAAUCUGGCUCUUCACCUGCUGCAGUGUUCAGGAGCAGACUGGGCAGCUAGGAUGAAGGAUGCAGAUGGCUCAGACCUGCUUCAUAUUGCUGAAAGGCAUGGUCAUGAAGAACUCAAGAAAGUCUUCGAAGACUUUGUGUGCCAAAACAUUAGCAGAAAUAAUGAGCAAGGAAAUGGCUAUGAAGAGGAUGUUUUCUUGUUUUCUACAUAUUCACCCCCCAUACAAUCUCCAGCAUUUCAUCAUGAACUCAGGAAGACACACAGGCAAAGCACAGAGAGUUCUGAGGAACCCAAACUGGCUUUGGACACAAAGGAGGAAGAGCCAAGUGCUGAGGCAAGACCCAGCCUGCCAGAGGUGGACAGUGAAAGCUCUGAGAACCAGUAUGAUGACUUGUAUGUGUUCAUUCCUGGAAUUGAGGCAGGAGGCAACUCUCAAGAGUCCCUCCCAUGCUGCAGACCUCCUCCGCCCCCACCACGACCAUGGGCUGCUGCCUCCUCCCAACUAGAAAGACCUUACUUCACCUCACAAGGGAAAAUGGCGGAAGACCAAAUGGAAAGAAGUCAGAACUGGAAUAACCUCAAUGUGAGAGAAGAGACGAGAGAGGAACCCAGCAAAGAAGAAAAGAAAGAAGAGGACAUUCCAAAAGAGGAGGAGGAAGAGCAAGAAAACCCAUACACGUUUGCUGGGAUUGAUGACAAUGAGUACGAUCUGAUCCUGGCCAGUAAGAGUGUAAAGAAGAGAACAGGAAAUCGCUCUUUCAUUAUAAACAGACCUCCUGCCCCGACACCCCGGCCCACUCAUGUCCCUUUCAAAGAAGAAACAACACCUUACAUAGCUCAAGUGUUCCAACAAAAGGCCGCCAGAAGACAGUCUGAUGAUGAAAAGUUCUACAGUCUCCCGAAGAAACCAGAUAAAGCACGGACAGAGGACCCAACCUUCUCUGCAAGGGGUUAUCUGACCACUGGGCAGGAAGAGCUGAUCCUCCUGCAGGAGAAAGUCAAGAAUGGGAAAAUGUCUGUGGAUGAAGCUCUAGAGAAAUUUAAACAUUGGCAGAUGGGAAAGAGCGGUCUGGAAAUGAUUCAGCAGGAAAAGCUACGCCAACUGCGAGACAACAUUAUUGGGAAAAGGCCGGAAGGUGAAACUGCCUACGAUAAACUCACCAUUGUGCACCAUCCAAGUGGUAAUACUGUCCAUAAUGAAAACAUAUUGUACAGUAGUUCCAUCCACAAUAAGUUUCCUGCUCGACUCCAGGUUGAAAAGGAGUUUGGUUUCUGCUGCAAGAAGGAUCAUUAAAGAAGAUUAUUAUAAUUAAAACUCAAGAAUCUGCAAACAUUUUUCUGUAUAGAUGAAGUAAGCCUGCUUACGGAGUACCUGGUCUCCAAGGCUAAUCCACGUGUAUAAAGGACACAAGCAUGCCUUUGAAUUUCAAGGGGUGUUAGCACCACAAAAUUUUGAUACUAUGCUACUUCUGGUGGGUAUAACAGAUGAUGGAGACAUAGAGCAUUCUCUGAAAAUCCAUUCAUUUUUACUACACCUUUUGCCUAUCUUUCCCAUCUUGAAAAUUAAAGAAAAAAAUUCAUCAAAGUUAAAUGUGGCCCAGCACCGUUAUGGAACCAAGCUAUAGAGAUCAUUCUUCCUACUGUCCUUCUCCUUCAAAUAAGAACUUAUUAUUACAUAUUUGCUCCUUCGUAUGACAAUCUGCUGUAUGCCUUUCUCACAGUUAAGGCCACAAUGUUCUUGUUAUAGUGUGUUUUCAGAUAGCUUCUUUUAAUUAGUUCUUAUUUGCAAGGGCCUUUGAAAUGUAUUUUUAUUUACAUUUGCCAUAGCUGAUAAUAUUUUGUUUUUCAGUGCUACGCAAGCACUCUGCCAGUAAGCCCUAUCUUCAGCCCCUCUACGUUGUUUUCUGGAGUCAUGUUGGCAUUAUUAAUUAAUGGCGUGCAAUGUGAUAUUCAGAACAUGUUCGCACCACAUACUGGCUGCGUUCAUCUCACCCUCCCUGUCCCUGGGUCUUUACUAAAAUGUCUCUCUCUCUCUCAAAUUAAAAUUUUUACAAAUUGUGUUUCUUUUUAUUAUUAAGCACCUGUGAUUUCAUCCACCUAUUUCUCAGAAGCAGCUCCUCAGCUUAGACUG